GCCUCCGACAGCGCGACGCUUCGCUGCUCAACUGAACGCCACUACGUCGGGAGGUGCAGCGGGAAUCUUGUGGAUGGCCAUCUGAGCACAAAGGACAAGUGCCCCCUCGUCUCGUCGUUUUAUACUUCAUCCGAGAGUGGGGGUUCAGUUCUCAGCAGGUGCUCGGAUGGGAGCGUUGCGUCUCUCCCGGGGUCGCUGACUGACGAGGGCUCGUGGUGCCUGGAUGCGGAAUCCCUGCAGGCGAAGGCCGGCAACAGCAGUGACUAUGCGAGCGUCGGCGGUGUGUGUGCGCAGGUGCAGUGCGCAGAGGGCAAGGUGAAGGUGAAGUACCUCGGCGGGAGUGGUUUUGAGCCGUGCCCCGAGGGCGGCGAAAUCCAACUGACGGCGUCGGAGCACUUCAAGGACGGUGGCAAGAUCAAGUGCCCCCGGUACGAGGAGGUGUGCACCGUCGCCGCCAACGGCAGCGUCCUUCCUCUGCAGAUUAUUGGGAGGUGA